CAUCAUUUAGCAACCUGUCUGCACUCAAAAUCAAUUUAAGUCAAUUAGGGGCUGCCUGCUUCUCUCACCUUUCAACACCUCUCACCGGACUGUGGCGUGUUGACCUGCAGACAAAAUGAGGAGUCUCGCGCUGCUGUUAGGAGUUAAAGCCGCGUGCAUCCUACUGGUGUCCUCGCUCUCAGGCACAGGGGCCGUCAACAACAGCGGCCGGUGGUGGGGCAUUGUCAAUGUAGCCUCCUCAUCCAACCUCCUCACCAACUCCAAGAACGUGCAGUUGGUCCUGGACCCGAGCCUGGCCCUCCUGAGUCGACGCCAGCGCCGGCUGAUUCGGCAGAAUCCUGGCAUCUUGCAUGCCAUCGCCGCUGGGCUGCACACCGCCAUAAAGGAGUGCAAGUGGCAGUUCCGCAACCGGCGCUGGAACUGCCCGACCACCCACAGCCCGGCAGUUUUUGGCAAAAUUGUGAAUCGUGGUUGCCGAGAGACAGCAUUUGUAUUUGCCAUUACCAGUGCAGGGGUGACCCAUGCUGUGGCUCGCUCCUGCUCAGAAGGGGCCAUUGAAUCGUGCACAUGCGAUUAUCGGCGCAGAGGUCCUGGAGGGCCAGACUGGCACUGGGGGGGCUGCAGCGACAAUGUGGACUUUGGACGAAUGUUCAGCCGUGAGUUUGUGGACUCCAGCGAGAGAGGCAGAGAUCUACGCUACCUCACCAACCUACACAACAAUGAGGCUGGAAGAAUGACUGUGUCAUCAGAGAUGCGACAGGAGUGUAAGUGUCAUGGCAUGUCUGGCUCCUGCACCGUGCGCACCUGUUGGAUGCGUCUGCCAAGCUUCCGCACAGUUGGAGACUUCCUUAAGGACCGCUUUGACGGUGCAUCCCGAGUUGUUUAUGCCAACAAGGGAAGCAACCGUGCCUCGCACAGAGCUGACCCUAGACAUCUGGAGCCUGAAAACCCUGCCCACAAACCACCCUCUGCCAUGGACCUUGUCUAUUUUGAGAAAUCACCAAACUUUUGCUCCAACAGUGGGAAAUCUGGCACUUUGGGAACUUCUGGGAGAACAUGCAACAGCUCCUCUCCGGGCCUGGACGGAUGUGAGCUGCUCUGCUGUGGACGUGGGUUUAACACCCGGACUGAGAGUGUGACUGAACGCUGUCACUGCACCUUCCACUGGUGCUGCCAUGUCAGCUGUUUGAACUGCACCAGUACACGGACGUUACAUCAGUGUCUAUGAUCACAGGUGGACAACCAAGUGAAUAUUUAGUCAAAGACCUUCUUAGUUAAACAGGUAGCUGGCUGAGGGAGCCACUAGCAAGUAGGUGAUUUGAGGUGUUAGGUAAAAAAUAGAAAGAUCCAAGGCGGGUAAACUGAUACAGGGAACUCUCCGGCACAAAAAUUCAAUCAGUGUUUUUAAAGAGGGAGGUGAAGAAAAGCACAAAUAUGUGAACAGGGUAUAGAUGAAGUAUAUGUGCUUGCUAAAUGCCUAUGAUCCUGGACAAUAUUGAGAGGGUAUUUAAACACCACAACCAUCCACGUGGAAUGUAAACCCUCCAUAUUUGUCAUGGAGUUUACACUGUAGAAUAACAAAAGUAGAUGUGGAGAGAAAAAUAAAGCAGUGGAGAAUCA